AUGGGUUGUACUCCUUCACACAGUGAUAUUGCAAACCAUAAUGCAAAACAUGGCAUCCUGCCAAUUGAUCCAGGAGGUGAAGGCUUCUCACUUCCCUUGCUAAUAAAAAACUCUUCUUCAUAUGAUCUAGAAGAUUUGCAUGAGGGAAAGACUAGAGUUAAAGAUCACAUUUUGGAAAAUUCAUCAGAUGAGGACAAAAAUAUUAAUUUCCAUUCCUCAUCUGAGGAUCCUUCACUACCAGAGCUGGACCAGGAUGAGAAGGAAAUCGAAAGGGCAGUUUCUGAGACUGAGAUAGCCAUAUCUGAACUGAUGGAAUCUGACAAACAUAUGGCAGAGGAUAUUAAGGUCAAAAGGCAAAACUCAUGUGCCUCAGGGAAAAGGGACUUUCCCUCAGAAGACAAAAAUGAAAGCAGUGAAAAGCAAACCUCGAAGAAAGGGAAAAAGCAAAAGAACAGUAGGCAAGGAAAACAAGGUCGUCAUUGCAAAACAAAAGAAAAAUCCAGUCUACCUGUGUGUGAGGCUGAGAAAAAGGUAGAUUUUCCAGAUCUUCUUGUUAAGGCUCAUCAAAAUGCUUAUGCCUAUCUGAACCCCAACCUUUCCAAAUAUGAGGUCAUUUUGUGCAUGGCCAAUCAGGCUACUGAAACACAGCUAAUUGUGCAGCAAAUGGUGAGCUUCUUAAUUUUUCGUUUUGAUGAAAUCAACCAUCUUUUGGAAGAAAUUGCCCAUGAUGGAGAAAGUUUACUCAAAGAAGUGGGAGGGAACCUAGCAUGGCCAGCUUCUAAGGGGAAUCCAAAAGAGCAGCCAGAUCUCUUGCAACAGUUGCUACAGUACACAGUCAACAAAAUGCAACUGUUAAAUGGAACUGUGGCCUCAUUAACCACUGAUGCCCUACAGGAGUCUUGUAGCUUUUUUUUUAAUGCUGGUUGCAACUUAGAAGAAAAACUGAAAGCAAAACAUAGUUUUGAUGAACGCUUGCUUAGCAUGAUAAAACUCCUUGAAACAUCUGCAGUCAAGUCUUCUCAUCCUCACCCUGAUGAUAUGACUCUCUAUUCUGAAGAUAGCGGAAUAGGUAUUGACAGUGAAUCAGUCAAGGACUUGAACUUCAUUAAUAAACAAGGAAUGCAAGUAAAUUGUGACUCAUAUUCACAUGUUCAUCAGGCCAAGAAAACAGGAGAAAACCAGUGGCCAUGCCAUUCAGUAUUUGCCACUUCCAGAUCCCACGAUUGUGCACUGGAAAGACAAUUUAAAGAUAUAUUUUACUCACCUGCACAUACAAAGCAUAUAGUCCCAGCUUCAGAGGUAAUGCCAGAAAGUAUAGCUAAACUUCUCCAACAUCAAAACAUCAUCAGACCUCCUCUUAACUCUGUGCACUGUGGCUUUCCUAAUGAGAAUGAUUGUUUCAAAGUGUGUCAGUCAGCCAAUGCUUCUUCCACAAAUGAAGAUAGUGAUGAGAGCACCUUGUCUGAGGAAGAAGGGGACAAUAUAGGUCUAUCUGAACAAUGUCAGGAGGCUUUCCCUAAAAGACGAGUAUCUCUACCUGCAGCAACAGACAGUAAACAGAGACUUUCCAGCAAACGGCUAGAUAGUGCAGAGAAUGAAGAGAUUAUACUCAAGAUGAAAGAUGCUAUAAGUGAAAAAAUCAAAUUUGUCCCAGCUAAAUCUGGGAAGAAGGAAUGGAUGGUAGAUGAAAAUGGGAAAGUAUCACUGAGACCAAGAACAGCAACUGGAAGUCAGAAGACUCAUGUUAAACAAAAAAGGUCUAGGUCUGAAGAGUCUCUCAGAAGUCAUACUGAGGACCCAACACUUCUGGAACUUCAGAGGACUCAAAAAGGACUCAACAAAAGGCUGGAGAUGUUUUACACACUUAAAGGAAACAAAGAAACAAACUAUCUGAACCUAAAAGAACCAUCAGACUUACAAGAUUCUGAGCAUGUUACUCAUAGAUCAUCAACUAAUAAAUUGAAGGCAUCACUUGCCAAAAACUUCAGUAUAUUGCCAAAUCAAGAUAAGGUCCCUGUGUUUAAGUAUGAUUGCAAUGCUAUUAUCCAACCACCCGAUGACUGGAAAUGUAAGAAAGAUCAGACAUCUAGGAAAGAAAAUGAGGCUUCUGAGACACAGAAGCUGAACAGUGUUGGUUGCGCUCCACCUCGUAAAUCUGUAAAGACAUUAAUUGAAACCUUUAGCCCUUCGGAUAGUCUUGUGAAAUCUGCAAAUUUAAGAACUUUGGGCCCAAUAAAAUGUAUCAGAAGGUUUGGACUUCCAACCAUUACUUCCAAUCUACCUUUUCCUAGAGGGCUUGUGCCUUUAAAUCAUAAACAUAGGGUUUCACCAUUGGGAGAUUUAAAUUGUCAGAACAUAAAUGAAAUGCACCGUACCUUUGCUACCACUGAUUCACCCAGAUGUGUAAGUGGAAGUGACACAAAUGAGGAUGAGGAUGAGGAGGUUGAGGAUGUUGAGGAUGAAGAUGGCAGUGAUUUGGAAAACUUGCCCCCACCACCUCCUGAAAUGUUAAUGGACAUCUCACCUCACUCAACAGAAUCUUCAGAAAGCAGAGGGACAGUCAAAAAGUAUUCAGAGACUGCCAAGAAGACAUCCAAAGCAAAUAAACAUUGCACCACUAAGAAAAGUACUAACAUUUCUUCACGGAUGAAAACUUCCCUAUGUACCAUUGACUUAUUACCAAAUAAGAAUCUCAACAGUCCCAAUCUCAUUUUCAAGAAACCACCAAAAUGUUCUGGGAUGGACUCCACACCUAGAAAAUACUCUGUGGAGUUGGGUUCCACCAUUACAUCUGAUUGCCACCAGGAGAUCCUGUUGGCAUCUGAAAAGGACCAUGAAAUGAAAGAUCUGUAUAAGCAGUCAUGUAAAAUAAUACCUCUCCAAAAUCCUAAAGAAAUGCCAGAACAGAAUAGAAAUGAGGCAGGAAACAAAGAAUGUGGUGUAUCUUCUGCUUUAGCUCAAAGGCGAAGCUCUCCUGAUUCAGUCAGGAAAACUGAGAAAACAACAGGUUUUGUUAGGCGAAUGUCCCCAGGAAGAACACCACCUUCAUCACCCUCUGGUGAGAAAAGGAUUCCAAGCCCACCACUACAUGACAGACUAAUUAGUCAGGCUCCUUCCCCUACUAUUUUACGGCAGCCUAGUCCUCCAUCAAGCCACAGAGUUUCAAGCCCCCCAGUCCAAAGGAAGCUGCCCUCGCCACCAACCCAACAAAACCUUUCUAGCCCUCCAGUGUCACGUAAACAACAGAACCCCACAACCCGACGAAAGGGAUCCAGUUCUCCAGUACACCGGAGAGAGGCAAGCUCACCUCCUUUCUCAACCACACCUUCCCCACCUCCUUCUCCAUCUCAGUUGCACAAAGGAUUACAAAACAAUAUGGACUCUGGGGAUGAGCAGCAAUCUGUACCCCCAAAGAUUGCCAGCAAUGCAGGCUCAAUAUUUUGUCCAGCCAUUUCCUCUUUAUUUGAAGCCAAGCCAGUGUUGUCACCACACAAUAUCACAUCAGAGACUGUUGCAGGUCAUCCUGAAGUGUCAGCAUUUGCCCGAAGAAACAGUACACAGCUCAGGCAAUACGGGGAGCAGCAGAGAAAAGUGGCCUUCAGUACUGCCAGUCCCCAGCCUUUUAUUAAAAGGAGCUUCUCUGACCGCAGGCCAGGAUUCCCAGUUCCAAUACCAUUCUUUGUUACAGCUGGUAGCGAACCUGUGCUUGGCCAAAUAAGGUAA